AUGCUUUCCUUGGGUGAUAGAGUCCCUGAGAUCAAACAGUUGACUGUGACAAAAGUGCCGGCCGGUAGUACAGCUGUAUUGAAUUGUCACAGCAAUGAUAUGGACCACAAUUUCAUGUUUUGGCUGUUCAAUGGUACUGAUGUGAUCGGCCCUGGUAACGUGUAUAAUGAACAGAAAUAUAAAUACGAGGUGCUCUCUGGAAAACUUCAUAUUCAUGAUGUAUCUGCAAGGGAAUCUGGUAACUACCAUUGCAUAUCAAAGAAACUGAACGGAGCAGGCUACACAGUGGGACAAGUGGAUAUGAUAGUCACUGGCUCAGCAUUUACUUCAAUAGAUGCUGUGAAAGUGGUAGCUAUUGUGCUGUCUAUCAUUGUGAUCAUUGGCUGUGCAGUGCUCUAUUAUAACUUGAGGAAGGACUGGAAAAGAUAUGAAGGCAGGGCAGUUAUACCAGUGGAUGAAGUUGAGGAUGAUGAAGGAGAUGGAGAUGAGAUAUACAACCGCACCACCACCCCAGCUCAGGCAAGGCAACUGAGCCAACCAGCCCCGGGCCCCAGUAGGAACCAAUCAUCUGAACAUCUCUUAUAUGGAAUAGACAAUCAGGGAUUAGACACAGAUUUCAAUUCAGUCUUCGAAAAUAUACAAAUAAAGUCACCACAAGCAAGUCUGAUUUAACAUAGCAAACUACAAUAUUUGUGAUAAACUAAUCAGUAGUAAUAGUAUAGAAAAUAUGCAAUAUAAGAGUUUAAUAUUCUCUGUAAGGAAAUUCUCAUUUGUAAAUAUUUAAGAUGUAAUCUAGUAGUAAGAUUAUACUGUUAAAUAAAAUGUUUUUAUUUUAGUUUA